AACAGACAGCUGUUUGAAAAAAAACUGAAUUUGUCAUCGCUUCAUAUUGAUAAGUUUUAAUAUAUUUUUGGUUUAAAAAAGCGAAAAAGUAAAAAAUCUAACAAAAUGCAUGGACGUUUGAAAGUAAGAACCACCGAAGAGGAAAGGGAACGCAAAAAGAAAGAGCAGGCCUUAAAGGUUAAAGCCUACAAGGCGGCCAUGACAAAAAUCAUGAGCAAACGUAAGAAUCAGGAAUACGAUGAUGAAAUGUUAAUGUACACCACCCCUAUACUGCAAAGAAAUCCUGAUGUGUCCACUUUAUGGAAUAUAAGAAGAGAAUGCAUUUUAGCUAAGGUAAAUAAGUUGAAAGAGGAAGAUGGAGAAAAGAGACCUGAGGAGGAGGGAGAAGUUGAAAAGAAAGACAACAAAGAGGUGGCCAUACAAAAAGUAUUUGAGACUGAGAUAUCAUUAACCGAACAAUGUUUAUUGGUUAAUCCCAAGAGUUAUAAUAUAUGGCAUCAUCGUAUGUGGCUAUUGGAACAGGCACCCCAAGCCAAUUGGCAACGAGAGGUAUUAUUGUGCAAUAAGUAUUUAAAAAUGGAUGAACGUAAUUUCCAUACCUGGGACUAUAGACGUUAUGUGGUGGAGAAGGCUGCGGUGGCUAAACAAGAGGAAUUGGAUUUCUGUACGGAAAAGAUUAAAGUAAAUUUUUCCAAUUAUUCUUCUUGGCAUCAUAGAAGUCUCUUACUGCCCGUUUUGUAUCCCUAUGAAGGAGAUGCCAAACCCAAAAGACCCAUGAGUGAAGAAAAACUUAAAGAAGAGCUAGAAAUGGUUUUAACUGCGGCUUUCACCGAUCCCAAUGAUAGUUCGGCAUGGUUUUAUCAAAGAUGGUUAUUAGGUUACUCACAACCUGAACUGGCGGUGGCGGCUAUUCGUUGCAGCCAAGAUAAGACAGUAGUGGCAUUUACCAAACCCAUAACCGCUAAGGGUUUAAAGCUAACUCUUAUGGGAAAUGAUAAACAAUUUGAAUUUAAAGAUUUUAAAUCUUUAAAUAAUAAAAUUUCUGAUACGGUUUACUAUAGUAAAGAGAAAGUAAAUAAUCUUUCGGAUUUUCAUCAAUUAGAGCUGGAGUCUAAUGAUUUCAAAACUUUAUUGGAAUUAAAAUCAUAUCAGCAGGAUAAAUACUAUUUCCAUGCUUUAGCCAAUACCACCUCAUAUACAGAAGAUGUUUUGUCCGAAUUAAAAUCUCAAUUGGAAUCAUGUGAAAGUCUUUUAGAAUAUGAACCCGAUAGCAAAUGGUGUCUCCUUACCUCUGCUUUACUAAUGAGAGCCAUUAAUAGUUCAGAAUAUCAUGAAAAAUCUUUGCAAAAUUUAAAACAAUUACAGCUAGUAGAUCCUUUAAGAGAAAACUAUUAUAAGGAUUUGGCCUCGAAAUGGAUUUUACAGAAAUGUUUGUUGCAAUGGUUUCAAAAUGCUAGUGAAAUGCCUUCUAAAUUGGAUUUAUCACAAGAACAACAGUUGACGUGCCUUACCGAUCGUCAGUAUUUAGUUAUUGCCGAUGAAGUGCUAUUGUCUGAGGAGUUGGGCAAACGUUAUGACGAUUUAAAGACAUUUAAUAAGAUUUAAAUUAGAAUUACUUAUAAAAAUUAUAAAAAAACUAGAUUGAUUCCCUUAGCUGGUGGCUGGUUUUAAUGGUAUAAUUUAUAUCAUAUUAUAAUAAGCUUAAUAUUCCUAUUUUAGUAAACUAUUUAUAUUCCAUUAUAAAACCAUUCUAGUAGAAAACAAACAAAUUACAAUAUUAUUUUCAAAUCAAUAAAUACUAUUUAAAAGGC